CGCCUCCCGGCCGUGGCGCUCUGGGGCUCCGCCGUCGACAUGGGCGCCGCCGCGUGGGCACCGCCACACCUGCUGCUGCGGGCGUCUUUCCUGCUGCUGCUGCUGUUGCUGCCGCUGCCGCUCCGCGGGCGGUCAGCGGGCUCCUGGGACCUGGCCGGUUACCUGCUCUACUGUCCCUGCAUGGGGCGCUUUGGGAACCAGGCUGAUCACUUCUUGGGCUCCCUGGCAUUUUCGAAGCUACUGAACCGCACCUUGGCUGUACCUCCAUGGAUUGAGUACCAACAUCAUAAGCCUCCUUUCACCAACCUCCAUGUGUCCUACCAAAAGUACUUCAAACUGGAGCCUCUCCAAGCCUACCAUCGUGUUGUCAGCCUGGAGGACUUCAUGGAAAAUCUGGCCCCCUCCUACUGGCCCCCUGAGAAGCGGGUGGCAUACUGCUUUGAGGUGGCAGCCCAGCGAAGUCCUGAUAAGAAGACAUGUCCCAUGAAGGAAGGAAAUCCUUUUGGGCCAUUCUGGGACCAGUUUCAUGUGAGUUUCAAUAAGUCAGAGCUGUUCACUGGCAUUUCCUUCAGCGCCUCCUAUAAAGAACAAUGGAUCCAGAGAUUUCCUGCAAAGGAGCAUCCUGUGCUUGCACUGCCCGGGGCCCCAGCACAGUUCCCUGUCCUGGAGGAGCACAGGGAGCUCCAGAAGUACAUGGUAUGGUCAGAUGAGAUGGUGAGGACGGGAGAGGCCCAGAUCAGUACCCACCUCGUCCGGCCCUAUGUGGGCAUUCAUCUGCGCAUUGGCUCCGACUGGAAGAACGCCUGUGCCAUGCUGAAGGAUGGGACUGCAGGGUCACACUUCAUGGCUUCCCCUCAGUGUGUGGGCUACAGCCGCAGCACAGCGACCCCUCUCACCAUGACCAUGUGCCUCCCCGACCUGAAGGAAAUCCAGCGGGCUGUGACGCUUUGGGUGAGAGCACUGAAUGCCAGAUCGGUCUACAUCGCCACAGACUCUGAGAGCUAUGUGUCAGAGAUCCAGCAGCUCUUCAAAGAGAAGGUGAAGGUGGUGAGCCUGAAACCCGAGGUGGCCCAAAUCGACCUGUACAUCCUCGGCCAGGCUGACCACUUCAUUGGAAACUGUGUCUCCUCGUUCACUGCCUUCGUGAAGCGGGAGCGGGACCUCCAUGGGAGGCAGUCGUCCUUCUUUGGCAUGGACAGACCCUCCCAGCUUCGGGAUGAAUUUUGAUCCCAUCUGGAGCCCCCUACCCCCAUUCCCCAACCAGGCUUGGCUGCUAAGGAUGUUCCUGGGACAGCACACCCCUUUUCUCUCCUGCCAGAGGUGGAGAACAGUACCAAGGACUUCCUGGAAGAGAAGGCAUUCCAUCCCAGGCAUUGGCUCCCAUGCUCCCCAGCCAGAGCUGCUCUGGGCUGCAUGGUCAUGCACAUACCAAGCAGCCACUUUCAGCCUGGGCUCGCCCUGCUCGGAGUGGCCUACAGUGCUCAACUUUCUCUUGAGCAGUUACUUUAUAAAGAGGAAGACUACACACACACACACACACACACACACACACACACACACAUGUAUUUUCUUGGUUGAGAGUUUGGGGGAGGAGCACAGGGGUAAGGUUAAGAUAAUCUCAUAUAGCCCAGGCUGGCCUUGAACUCCUGAUCCUUCUGCCUCUACCUCUUAAAUGCUGAGAUUACAGGAGUGUCUACCUCGACACUCAGUUGAUCUCUGUAGUUUUGAUGCAAAGCCAUGCAAGACUACCUGAAAACUCCCCUUUGUUUUUAAAAUUCAGUGGAGUCCAUUAGCACAGAUACCUAAAGUGACCUUAUAAGUGCAGACAAAGCCAAGGAGUAAGUGGGCCUAUUGGCUGCUUUUCUGGGGAUCCCCUAAAGGGCCCGCAGACUUUCCACUGCCAGGCCCAGCUACUGCCAUCCCUGGGCUCCUCUGUUGUGAGCACAGCAGGCUGGAGUUAGCAGUGAGUGGUCCAGUGCUCUGAGGAUGGGUGCGUGCUCGCACCACAGUGGCAGUGUCCGGGCCUCAGCAGCAUCACUGAGCUGCUGGUGAGGCUGACAGGGUGCACUGAAGGCUGCUGUCUCUAAGACCCUCCCAGCCUCUGCUCUGUGGUCUCAGCCCUCACGGCAGCUGUCCCCUAAGGACUGCUCACCAAGCCUCUGACACAUCCGUGCACAGAGGUCAUGUAAAGCCCCAGCUUGGGAGCAGUCUUCGCCCCUCCAGCCAGUGUGGUGAGGUCCUCCUGAUGCUCCUGCUCUCAUUUGUAAGAAGUGAAGUGACCAGGUGGUUCUAGAUUCUGCCUUGCAUGGGGGCAUUUAGAGGCUGGAGCCCCAGUGGGUGACCAUGCAGACCACCCUGACGGGCACAGCAUUUCUGAAGAGCAGGUGCUGGGCUCUAGUCUGUGGCAAGCACUGUACUGAAACUUUGACCCAGUUUCUCCCCGUAAGGGCUGAAUCUGGUGGGUUCUAAGUUUCAGGUCAGCUCGUGAGCGGUGUAAACCUGGAAUAGAACAAGAUCCCUGUGUGGCCGUUGUGGAGUUUAACUGCUGCUUAUUGCCAGGCACUGUGCUAGGGCUUUAUGGGCAUCCUCUUACUUAGUUUGCCCCCGGUAUUAUCCUUUUCUUUCUGACAAAAAAAAAAAAAAAGUGAAUAUUUAGAGACAUUUUCUCCCAGGCAAGGCCACACAGCUGUGGGUGAUAAGCUAGACCCACUGGACUCUCUGUGUUGCUUUCCCGGACCCAUUGUGCACUAAAGGACACUAGGGAAAUGAUGAGCCACCCUGCCUGCCUCUGCAUACUGCUGUUGGCUUCUGCUGCCAGCCCUAUUAGGAAGCGGCAU